UCCUGAAUACCUUAUUCCUAUUUGCACUAAAAUCUAUUUCGGUUAUGCGCUUGAUGGUUUACUCGCUCUGCCUAUGAGAGAUAUACCUAGUUAGAUAAGAUAUCAGCCAUAUCUUAAAAAAGUUAGUAGAUAAACAGUAGAAGUUAGUAGAUUUUUUCUGUGAAUAUUAUUUAGCAUAAUAUCUCGCCGGUAUUAGAAAUAAAUAGUUUAAAAAAUGUCGGCAAAGUUGCUAUAUAUCUUGUUUCUAGAAUAUUUAGUAUUUAGUAUCUUAAGUGCCGAAGAGUGUCCAGAAAAUAUAAGACUCUUAUGCCGGGUUCAAAAAUUUUGUGGGGAUUGUAUGUUAGCUGAUAGUUGUUGUCAUUGGUGUUACAAAGCGAAUUUCUCCGGGGCAUACCAAUGUGAUUUUAAAGAUAGUUUAUCAAAUUGUGAAGGAAACAUAUAUGAAAAUAAACCUUCUCAAAUGACCAUUCAACGUAAUUUAGAAUUUACCGUAAUUAACAGUUCUGAAAAUGCUGUCAACGCUAUCCAAAUUAAACCACAAGCAUUUAAUAUUACUUUAAGAAAAGAUACGCCAGUUGAACUAACAUUCACCUAUAAAGCAGCCCGGAAUUAUCCAUUAGAACUCUAUUACCUUGGAGAUCUUAGUUAUUCUAUGAAAACCCACUUGGAAAUUCUAAAAAAUCUUGGCAGUGCAUUGGGAAGAAGCUUAGAAAAGCUUACCAAACAUUACAAAUUAGCUUACGGAUCUUUCUUGGAUAAGCCUGGAAUGCCUUUCAUGUUUACUGAUGAGAGGAGUAGAAACAAUCCAUGUCGAGGCGAAAAUGCGAAAUGUGAUAGUACCUACCUUUUUAAGCAUAGUUUAAAUUUUACCGAUGAUAUGAGUAAGUUUUUUGAACAGGUAAGAAACAGUAAAAUAUCAGCAAACACCGAUGAUCUCGAUGGUGCUUUAGAAGCCAUCUUCCAAAUUCUUGUUUGCGACACGCAGUUUGGAUGGUCCGAAUAUGCUAGAAAAAUUAUUUUGCUAUCCACCGAUAGUUUCUUACAUACUGAAGGUGAUGGAAUAUUGGCAGGAGCUACUAAAGUCAAUAGCAGAGAGUUGUGUUUGGUAAAUAGUACUGGAGACCAUACAGAUCCGUUAAAAUAUGAUUAUCCUUCUUUGGGACAAAUAAAAGAAUUGUUGAGGAAACAUAAGACCAAUUUAAUUGUGGCUGUUACCGAAGAUAAAAUAAAUCAUUAUGAGAAAAUGGAACAUGAUAUUCUUGAACAAGAAGCUUUUGUAGGAAUACUUCAGAACAGAUCCAGAAAUAUUUUGGAAUUAGUGAAUAAAGGUUUUUAUGAUUUUAUUCAGCAAGUUGAGUUCUCAGUUAAUACAACUCAUGCCCCAGAACUGGAUGUUCAGUUUUUCGCAGACUGCGAUGGCCAUUUUAAGCAGGUCGCCGGAUGUAAAAAUGUAAAAGAGGAUGUACCAAUUACUUUUAAGGUGCAGAUUAAACUAAAAGAGCUGACCAAGAAAAAAAUGGAGCAAAUCUAUAUUAGAGAAAAAAAUAUAAACGAUGUUAUAGAUAUUAAUAUAGUUUAUGCAGAGGGCAGUUGCGACUGUCCAUCAAAGCUUGACUCAGCUGCCAGUUUAAAUUGCGAAAAUGGAAGAUUGGAUUGCGGACGAUGUGUGUGUGAUUUGGGGUGGAAGGGAGAAAAUUGCUCUGAAGAAUGCCAAGAAGAUGUUCGAGCAUGCCGAAAAGAUGAAUAUUCUUAUAUUUGUUCAGGAAGAGGUGAUUGUCUUUGCGGACAAUGUAGCUGUCCAGAAUGGUACAAUGGCAAAUUCUGUGAGUUUGAAUGCCCUCAUAGCCUAGAUCCAAAAACAAAGACUACUGUAAUUUGUAGUGGGAGAGGUACUUGCUAUGAAGGAGUUUGUAAUUGUCGUAAAGGCUAUACUAAGGAUGACUGUAGCUGUGAGGAGUCUACUGACAAUUGUCAUCUUGAAGAAGAUGGUUCUUAUUGUAAUAAAAACGGUAUAUGCGAGUGCAACGAAUGUCACUGCGCCGAUGGCGCCACAGGAACGUAUUGUGAAAUCAUUAAAGAGCAGAAUACUUUUUGCGCAAAAUACGAUAAUUAUAUGAAAGAAUAUUUGUCUGAGAAUACCACGGAGUUUUACGCAGAUGGCGUCUUAGUUGCUGAAAAGGAGUCUGAAACUUGUCAAAGCGAAGUAUGUAAACUAGUAUACUAUAAUAGUAAUACUCAGAGGUGCAUCAUAGACUAUUGUUAUCAUAAGGGCAAUAAUAACACCAUUCAUCUUACUACAACUAAUAAGAACUGCGUUUACACACAGCAAGCUAAAGGAAUUGGUGCUGGCUUAGCGGCUUUUUUUGCUGUAUUUUUAGGCGGAAUAAUAAUGAUUUUAAUAAAAAAAUGGCAAAUCUAUCGAGAAGAAAAGGCGGAAUAUAAAAGGUUUGUGGAAACAAAUAAAGAACUUAAUGAAAUGAAUCCCUUGUAUAUAUCGCCAGUUUCGGAGUAUAAAAAUCCAAUGGCGAGAUAGUAACUUUAGUGUUUUUUUUAAUUUCAUAGAAAAACAUAGUAUAUUGGAUUUAAAGUCGAAUUUUCCAGUUUUUAUUUCCCAAUCAACCAUAAAAAUUAAGUAUGAUUUAUUAUAAGAAUAUUAUACGUGAAAACAAAUAAAACAACUUUUAUUGG